UUGUCAAAAUCCCUUCUUUUUUCUUUUGGGAUAUUUACAGGAGAGAAAAAUGACUUCAAAGACCUGCUAAAUUCCCAUCAGAGAAAAACGACUCUUUGGUCUUUGGAGCAUUUUCUUUGAAGCUGAUUGUUGAAUCUAGUCUUCAAUUUUUGGUCUCUGCUUACAUCAAAGGCUUGAUAAUGCAGGAGGAGGAAAAUCAAGAAGACCCAUUUGUUGAAUCUGUGGAGGAAAAUGAAAAUGAACCCAAAAGAAGGGUUUGGAACUGUCUUUGUAUUCCUAUCCACUGGUUUAACAUGCUUUCAAGGGAAAUGCAUUGGAGCUUUGUGUUUGGAGUGGUAGUUGUUUAUGGAAUAAGCCAAGGAGUGGGUGGAGCUUUUGCCACUGUUGGCACAAAGUAUUACAUGAAAGAUGUUCAGAAGGUGCAGCCAUCUGAAGCACAGGUUUAUUCAGGAAUUACAUCAAUUCCUUGGAUUGUCAAACCUCUUUGGGGUCUUCUCACUGAUGUUGUCCCAAUUUUUGGAUUUCGGAGGCGCCCAUAUUUCAUUUUUGCUGGUUUUGUAGGGGUGAUUUCCAUGCUUUUGUUAUCUUUGCAUGAGAACCUGCAUCUUGUGUUGGCCCUUUUGUCAUUAACAGCUGGGAGUGCCGGCGUGGCAAUAGCAGAUGUCACCAUUGAUGCCUGUGUGGCACAGAACAGUAUCUCUCAUCCUUCACUUGCCGCUGACAUGCAAAGUUUGUGUGCCUUUAGUUCUUCUGUUGGAGCACUAUUAGGAUUCUCCAUUAGUGGUAUCUUUGUUCACCUUAUAGGACCUAUGGGGGUGUUUGGUUUGAUGACUAUCCCAGCUGGACUUGUAAUUUUGGUUGGUUUUCUUCUCAAUGAGCCUCGUAUGCACAACUUUUCUUGCAAACAGGUUAACCGGAAUUGUCUUGAUGCUGGCAAGUCUAUGUGGAAUACAUUGAAGAGUGAAGAUGUAUGGAGGCCUUGCUUAUACAUGUAUUUAUCCCUUGCAUUGAGUUUAAAUAUCUUUGAAGGAAUGUUUUAUUGGGCUACAGACUCAAAGGAUGGACCAGCUUUCUCUCAGGAGAGUAUUGGCUUCAUAUUUUCAAUUUGUUCAGUGGGCUCCCUUUUAGGUGCAAUACUAUACCAGUAUGCUCUAAAGGAUUACGCGUUCAGAGACGUGCUCUUCUGGACUCAGUUGCUUUACGGUUUGUCAGGGAUGUUUGAUCUGAUUCUAGUCCUGAGAUGGAACCUGAAAUUUGGUAUACCAGAUUACUUCUUUGUUGUGGUUGUGGAAAGCAUAGCUCAAAUGACUAGUAGGCUCAAGUGGAUGCCUAUGCUUGUACUCAGCACAAAGCUUUGCCCUUCAGGUAUUGAAGGCACUUUCUUUGCUCUCCUAAUGUCAAUUGAUAAUCUUGGAGUUCUCUCAGCAUCAUGGGGAGGAGGAUUAGUGCUCCACGUUCUGAAGAUUACAAGAACACGGUUUGAUAAUCUUUGGUUGGCUAUUUUGAUCCGGAACGUUCUGAGAAUCACUCCACUUUGCUUGCUGUUUUUGGUGCCUAGAGCUGAUCCUAACUCUUCUAUUCUUCCGAGCGAAAUCGCGAAUUCAAAGGUUGCUGUUGACACUUCAGAAACCAUAGAUGUUGAAUUGGUUUCCCUUGUACACAGUGUUGAUGGUAAAUAGCCAAGCAUAAAAGAAAUCCUGAGGGAUUCUCAAUUUCAUAUACAGGAAUUUACCAAGCCAGUGUUUGCUUAAAUCUAGCCAUUUGUUUGUAUACAACUUGAAAAGUAAAGGAUGAAAAUUAGAUGAUUUUGAGAGGACAGGUAUAAGUAGCUUACACAAUGUGAGAAAGUGAGGGACAUUCAUUCAAGGUGAGGGAUAUAUAUUAAUAGGUGUGGUACACAUAUAUGUAAUUGGUAGCUGGGAUAUUGGGCCAAUACUAUCAGAUAGCUCCAAAAGGCCCAAGAGAGAAACACUAAAACCCAAGUGGUUUAUUUAAAAAUUCUGAGCUAGUUUUGCUGAA